GUGUAAGUUAGUAAAAUGGAGAUCCCGUAUGCAACCGGAAGCCAGGAGGCGUGUGUUGCUCAAUUUUUCUCACUUGGUGAGGCCCAUCAUGAGGCCGAGCGAGGCCCUCAGGAAAUAGGCGGGGUCCGGGAGAAGGAGAAAGAUGGCAGAGACGGAGGCUCAACUGCUCCUGGGUGUGGGACUGAUCGUGAACAUCUUUCCACCAUAGAAAAAGAUACCAACGGAGAUGCUCUGUGGGUUUGGUGUUACCCAUCAACAACAGCUGAAUUAAGGGAUCUCUUGUUGAGAAAAUGCUGCCUUACAGCUAAAAGCAAUCAGCUUCACACUUUCUUAUUUGGUCAGUACAGACUGACUUGGUUUUAUGUUACAACUAUGGAAGUUCCUGAUUCUUCAGCCUUGAAAAAGGUGACCCAUUUUUCCAUUGUACUGACUACCAAAGACUUUAAUCCAGAGAAAUAUGCAGCCUUCACUAGAAUUCUCUGUAGAAUAUACCUGAAAUAUGGGAGUCCUGUGAAAAUGAUGGAGAGUUAUAUUUCUGUCCUUACCAAAGGGAUAUGUCAGAGUGAAGAAAAUGGCUCCUUCCUGAGCAAAGAUUUUGAUGUCAGGAAAGCUUACCUUGCAGGCUCAAUCAAAGAUAUAAUAUCUCAAUUUGGAAUGGAGACAGUCAUCCUGUAUACGGCACUCAUGCUAAAGAAAAGAAUUGUAGUAUAUCAUCCCAGAAUAGAAACAAUCCAGGAAUUUACAAGGACUCUACCAGCCUUAGUAUGGCAUCGGCAAGAUUGGUCAAUCCUUCAUCCAUAUGUACAUCUGAAUGAUGAUGAACUGGAAGCAUUAAAAAUGUGCCCAGGUUACAUUGCUGGAUUUAUAGAUUCUGAAGUGAGCAACAGGCUGGAUCUGUAUGAUGUAUAUGUGAAUCUGCCUGAAAGUGAGAUCACCGUUUCCCAACAAGUAAAAGAAGCAAUGACAAUGGGAAAACUACACAAAGAAAUUGGGCAGCUUAUUGUUCAGUCUGCAGAAGAUACAGAAAAAUCUAACAGUCAAGUUGUAAAGGACAUUUCACUGAAGACGAAAGAAAUCUUGACUAAUCUGGCUUCAUUCACAGAAGUCUUGCACGAUGGUGAGAAGCCAUCCCUUAACUUUGAAGCACUAAAACAGAAGCGAUUUCCACCAGCGACUGAAAAUUUUCUCUACCAUUUGGCAGCUGCUGAACAAAUGCUCAAGAUCUGAUAGCUUGGAUGACUUUCAGGAAGGAGUUAUGAAAGGAUACUCUUCUUUGCCGUAAUACUUCCAGUAUCCCACACCUUUGUAAAGCAGUUGGCACAGGAAAGAGGAGUUAAGGAUGACACUGGUCUGAGAUGGAACCUGCAGUGCAGAGUGGGAUACCAUUCUAUUUUCCAUUUGUUCUGAUUUUCUGCCAAGUGGGACUGAUUUUGAAAAAGGAUGGAUAACACCUAUUUCCCCCCACAAAGGAUGUGAAUGCAUGAUUUGUUUAAGCUAGAAGUGAAAUCUGUGCAUUAAGGUGAAAAACUUAACAGCAUCCUAGUAUAAACUAGCAAUGGGCACCUUGUAGACUUUGAUUCCCAUCAGCCCUAGCCACCCUAGGUAAUGGUGAGGGGUGAUGCAAGUCAUAGGCCAAAACAUCUGGAGCACCACAAGUUGCCUGCCCCAGAGUGAACAAAUGGAGGACUUAAAAACGAUAAAAGGAGUAUGAAUGCUGUUAAAAUUAAGGCGAGUUGUUUGUCUUGUGUAAGCACUAUAGUCAGAAAUCACCCCUAAAGCUUAAGGACCAUCUUAACCCCCUUGCACAUUUGGCAAAUCGUGGGGAGACUGCAUUUCUGGCAACAUCUCCAGCGAUCUUGCCUUGCACAUUAAGAGUGCUCUUUUCCUUAUGAUCAGGAAGCUCGAUAGCCCAGGAUUCCGAUCCACAACAAAGACGCUCCUGUUCAUGCACUGCUACGCCUAGUGCAAGGAAUUUUUGCAUCCAUGUUGUCCAUGUGAGCAUUGGGACCAACAGACAUGAAGUUACCAUUUGCCGAAUGAGUAGGAAGCAGUGUGUUUGCAGUCCUUGACUCUAUUUUCAGUCCUCAGGAGAAACCUGAGGGCUAACUUGAAAUUCACGCCCACCCAAAGGCUGUUAAUAUUAGAGGAAAAAACGACCAGGUUUUGUUUCUGUUUCCCCCUUCCUUCCUGCAGCUAUUCCACUUGUGGGAUAUGAGACAUGUAUUUGACAGAAUAAACCUUACAGGAUAUCCCACGUCUGAAAGAUUACCAGAUAAAUACUGGCUAAGAAGGAAUGGGGGUGCACCCAAUAGCUAUUGAUCAGCUGAAAAUUGCCUCCUGUGAAACUGCCUUUCCCUUGGAGUUGCCACCAACAUUUGAAUGCAUAUGUUUAUGCUAUAUAGUUUAUCUGUUUAACUCAAAAGUACAGGUCCAAUAAGCAAAUGGUUGUAUUCAGACAUUGCCAGAGCACUGCCAUUAAAAUGAAUGGGACUAUGAUUCCAAUGGGUUUGCUUUGAAUAUGAACCGAGUCUUGGUCCAACACAAUGGGUUUUGCAAAAUAUCUGGGAACUGCUUAAGAGCCUCUGUGAAUAGCACUUUGCUAUAUUAAAAAAGGGGGAGAAAAUGAUCCUUGCCUUCAUAAACAUAUGCCUUAGCAUGUGACAAAUUAUAGAUGUUUGUUUUGUUUUUAAAUAGUACUCAAUUAUUUAAUAGUCAUAACUGUACUAGCAAUAUUAAUUUAAGGAUCAUUUGUCUUAUGCUUAUAAACAGAGCUAUGUCGUAAUGGUGGAUGCAACAGGAAAUGGAAAGCUAUUGUUACAAAGCACCUAAAUUAAUCCUAGUAAGUUUGUGACCUAAUUAGUUUUUAGAGGCGUGUCAUUCUCUUUUGUACAGAAAUCUACAUUGUUGUAACCAGGUGUACAUCUAAAAGCCAACUUAUUACACUUUUCUUACUUAUUUUUGGUAUGAUACAUUCUUCCUCCUCUGAAUUUAAGACUCUAUCCAUUAGGCUUGUAGAGUGGAAAAGGCAUCAUGCAGGUCUUCCUCUUGCAGUCAGCAGAUAUGUUUUAAGAGUGUGGGACCUUGCCCAGUCCAGGUAAAGCUUCCACUCAGAGUCGUGUUCAGAGGAUGAAGAACUAGUGUCUGCUCUAGCCGAGGAUGGCAGCUGGCUGGAUGACUCAGCCUGGCCUUCCUCUGUCUGUUGAACAAAGGAGGGGAAAGGCACCAGAAAUGGAGAUGGCUAGUCUUUCUCAGCUGGGGGACUCAAACUUGCCAGAGGUACCUGCUGAUCUAUCAGACUUUUUCCCUGGCAUCAGGGCAGUAACAGGAGGGCUUUGUGGGAGAAGGCGUGUCAGGAAUGUCUCCUUGGGACCAAGCAUCAUCAAAAGAGGGCAGGACAGAAAUGUUCACGCCGGCGUAGAUGCAGGGUGAGUGGGUGGUUCCCCCUUCCUGGACCCAUGUGAUUCAUAUAAACUCCCCAGGACAUACACCUCUGUUCACAAAACAAGAUUGCCUACUGGAAAAGCUUCUAGAUAGCUGUGGAAUUCUGAGCAUGGCAGCGGGACUCUCAGCGGACUCUGCAGUCAAGCAGAUUGAGAUUGGGAUUGAUGGAGCUGUAAGGGGGCCCCACGCCAGCCUGGACCUGGCAGUACUUAAGGUUUCACAGGGGAUUACUCCAAUAAAAUGCUUCUGAGGUGACUCUUAUUAACUGGAGGGUUGGAAAAGAGCACCAAGGAGCCAGAGGUGAGUAGGAAUUCCAGUCAGGUGAUUCAGCAUGCUGCAGGAAAAGGGGCAAUGCUGAUCUUUCCAUGACAGCAAGCUAGUAACUUCUGUGGGCUUAUUUGUGGGAGUGACUUAACAUUUAAGAGUUGGUGUGGCGGUUGGGGUGAUGCACUGAGGAGCUGGGAAAUCCAGGUUCUAUGGCCUGCUCACCCAUGAGGCUCAUGGGAUGACUGGGUGAGUCAAGAACCCUCAGCCUAACCUACCUCACAGAGUGGUGUUUGUCAUAAGGAUAAAACGGAGCUCUGUAAGCCACCUUGGGUUCCUCACAGGAGGGAAAAAAGAUGGGAUAUAAAUGCAAUAUAAUAAUGUAUCUUCCAAUAAAAGUUUGCCCAAAGUUAAAUUUGAUCCUGAGCAUAUUAAAAUAUUUAUACACA